UCACAUCUCUCUCUCCCUCUCUCUCUCUCUCUAAGAGUAUUAUUCGCCAACUGGAACCGCCACCACAGAACCCCUCCACUCUUGCUCCCUUCUCCCUUAUAUAAGUAGCACCUGGUGUAGCUGUUCUCUCCAUAUCAGCUUACACUUAGUUGUAGCAGUGAGCUGAGCUCUGAGAGAGAGAGAGAGAGUGUGUGUGUGUGUGUGUACAAUUCCCUCAUUCCUGUCACCCUUUGAAGCAUUUUAUCAAACACCUAGCCCCUCUCUCCCUCGUCUCCGUUCGGUGCCCUUCACAGAGCAUGGCAUCCGGUUCGGUGACCACCUGCUGGACCGCGAAGCAGAACAAGAUGUUCGAGAAGGCGCUGGCGGUGUACGACCAAGACACGCCGGACCGCUGGCACCACGUCGCCCGCGCCGUCGGAGGGAAGACCGUGGACGAAGUGAAGCGCCACUACGAGCUGCUCGUCGCAGACGUCCGCCGGAUCGAGAAGGGCCAUAUGCCUUACGCCACCUACCUCUCAUCUGGGAUCAGGGGUUGAAAUGGUUGAAACAUGAAGGAAAGAAUUGACUCUCUUCUCUGCACAUCCACUUGGAAGAAACAGAUACUGCAAAUACUGUAAAAGGAUCAGGAAGUCUUUGAUCUUUAGUAGCCUACUCUUCUUUCUUAUAUCCUAAACUGUAUAUAUAUAUUUAGUAAUGUUCGUAACAAAUUUCUAUAUAAUUUCCGAAAAACAAAAAAUCAUAAUCAGUGUGUUUCUAUAUAGUUUGAAGAGAAAUUUUAAUUCAAUCACUCAGCUUCCAGCUGGCCAUA